AUACAAACGUCCAGUGUCCUUCUUCCUGUGUAGUAUUUCUGUAUCUAGAAUUCGAGGGCUGUAACGUCGCACCCCACCACCCCUCCAGAUGGAUGAUGGCACACUUGCGAAAACGAAUAAAACGCCCAUUGUCGCUGGCCCACUCCCAUGUCGCCAUCGCCGUCUUUACUAGCACGCGCCACCUCAGCCAUCCCUGCUCCAGCACAGCCAACGUCUCCUGCGACGAUGACGAAGCGGCUCGCGUUCACGACGGCCACCAUUUACGUGUUUGACCUGGACCAUGGCGGCAGCGCCUUGCCAGCCGACACAGGGCCACCCGUGGGACUCGCCCGUCACCACUCACGCCAAGAGCGCAUCGACCUGACGUCGCCAGUGUCGUGGGCGACAAAGCGAAGCCGCGUGCGCAAAUUCGACCACAACGAGCGCAUGAAUUUGCUCAAAGCGGCCAACUACUCGAUGAAAGAAAUCGCCGCGUUUUGCUUUGACGCGAUCGAUAUCCGAAAGUCGCGACUCGCCACCCUCGACGAAAUCGAGGCCAAGCGCCAAGCGCGGCGGCGGAAACUCAUCCACAACGCCCGCCGACUACCGCAACACACCGCCGACGACUGUCCACUGGAACAAGACACGAAAACUUAACCUUUGUUCAUAUACUUUGUACUUCACAGUACACUUACGUACUACUUCGAGUACAAUAUUCGUA